GGUCACACCACACCGAAUUUUCGUAGGAUGCUGCCGCGUUGUCACUAGAAGCCACAGCCACAAAGUCAAACAUGAAAACAACUAUUUGCUUUUUGGUCUUCAUUUGAGGUUAGGGUUAGGCAUACGGUUAGCAGUGUGAUUAGGCUUAGUUUACGUUUAAAAUAAGACUUUAAGAAGAUACAUUGUCGAAAUAGGCGGGCUUUAGCCAUAAUUAUGACUUUGUGACUGUGGUAACUAGUUAAGACCCUGCUGCUGCCUCACAAACACUGCAGCUGCAGUCUCCUCCACGGUACUGUCUGUCGCACAUAGCCAUGGCGGACAGUGCAAGCGAGAGCGACACCGACGGAGCAGGGAGUAGCUCGGCUACACCGAUGUCAUCCUCCGCUUCAAAUUUGACCAAACCGGGAGUAGUCAUUUCACAGUUUCGAUUAGAGGAGUUAACUAACCGAUUAGCCUCACUACAACAGGAGAACAAAGUUCUUAAAAUUGAGCUGGAGACGUUCAAACUCAAGUGCAAGGCGCUACAGGGGGAGAAUCGGGACCUGCGUAAAGCUAGCGUCACCAUUGUGAGUAACUGGUGGUUUUUGUUGGUUAGCCAAGCUAGCUACAUUCUACAAAUGCACCUAACGUUAGACACGCACGUGAAACAUACGAAAUUCAAACUAGAUUAGCCAACUAACGUUAGCUAGCUAUGCUUGUUAAGAGGCUUGCUAGAUAAUGUAGCUAGUUUAGUGAGCUAGCGUAGCUAGUUGGUUAGCUAACGUUAGCUAGGUAGCCCGUUUAGUUUUGGUGUUGUUAACUAACGUAGUUUAGUUAGCUAGCUAGCCAAUGCGUCCUGUUGUUCAUUUGCUGACACCUAAUCCAUUUGACAAAUGGUGACCAAGAAGUUGACGUUUGUAUCUAACUAACGUUAGAAUAAUGUUAGCCGUGUCAUCUAAACUAGCCAACUAGUCUGCUCUUAUGAGGCUUUAGUUUGGGUUCUCAUUGUUCUUUCUUUUUGUGCUUAACGUUAACGUUACAUCUACCCCUUGACACAACUGUUGAAUUCAUAAUAAAUCAUGACCUAACGUAAAAAAAAAAAAAACGAAUAGCUAGUUCCUCAACAUCAGUCACUCAUUCAGUUGCUGCAAUAGGCUACUUCUUGAGUCAUUGAUGGGGUGGACCAACUGCUUCCUUUCCAGCUGACAGACCUUAAUGCAGCAAACCUGCACAGUACUAUUCCUUGCUUUUGUCAAGAGACUACUGUGCCAAUUAGAAAGCCAUCACCUUUACGAAUAACAAUCUCAUAUUUUAGCAGAGACAGCUGUGAGCUGAGCAGUGUGGUAGAAGUUGACAUUCGAUUGGCGAAGACAAAUCACUUCAUGUUGUUGCCAUUGUUACCCAUUCCAACAUUUAAGCAUCCCGUAGCACAUUUAUGACAUGUUGUAUUGAGGUAUUCCGUGAGCCAUUUUGUUGUGAAUGCUGCACUGAUAUUUUUGGUACAUUUUGUCCUCUGUUUCUCCAUGACUGCAGCAAGCCAGGGCUGAGCAGGAGGAGGAGUUCAUCAGCAACACCCUGUUCAAGAAGAUCCAGGCCCUGCAGAAAGAGAAGGAGACCCUCGCCGUUAACUAUGAGAAAGAGGAGGAAUUUCUCACCAAUGAACUGUCAAGAAAACUCAUGCAAGUGAGUGACAGCUGGAAAAGAACUGACUCUGGGGCAUUUAACUUAUGCCAAGUAUUUGUCGCGGUGUCAACCUAAGGUUUGGGGUGGAGCGCAUAACAGUAUUGGUUCUUGACUGAAGUUAUUUUCUUAAACGACCUCAUCACUACUCUAAAUGACUCUCGACUGACUACUCCUAUUCCUGGGUUAGGCUAUUUGGCCUCUUUUGCAACCGACCCACAUUUAGCCUCAGCUCCAUUACCAGUAUGAGCUAUUGACCUUUGUAGUACUGACUAAUGGUUUGAUGUACAAAGAUGAAGCAUGAAUCUCACUGUACCACUCGUGUGUUUUAACAAACCCUGGUUAAAGGUCAGACAGUCUGGAGGCUUUUGUUAUCUGUCCUGUUCCAUAACAUAAAACAGGCCCACUUCUGCUCCUACACUUUAGUGUCGACAGACUCUCCUUAGCACGUGUUCCCCUCACCAAGUGUCGAUAUAAAAUGAGAAAUUAUGGUAGUCAUUUAUGUGGGAGGGAGACACUUAUGUGAACAUGACCUUUUAUCUGACAUACCCUUUUCCAUGAAUUUCGUGUAAGGCGUUUCAAGUCAGUGGCCUGCACCAGGCAAGAACAACAAUGCUAAUGUGGAUUUGAACUAGCAACCCUGUUCUAUCACACCCCAGGCUUCAACAGUAAAUAGUGGUUCAUAGUAUUAGUAUUUUCAGUGGUAUAGGCUACUACUACUAUAAGGACUGGGCCUCCUCCUAUACCAGGGGUGGGCAAUGAUUUUGGGACGAGGGCCACAUAGGGAUUUUUAUAUUUUUUUGGACCAAUUUGUUAGUCAAAAUCUAUUUGCGAGCCAGAGAAAGGGCAGUUAUUUGAAUAUAGAUAGGUCCAUUAUAAUUAAUACAUAUACUUUCUAUCUAGUUUUAGACGUUCAAGUGUGGCACGGAGUGGGUUUUUAAAAUCCCGCGCAGGCCACAUUUAAUCGGCUGGCGGGCCGGAGUUUGCCCACCCCUGUCCUAUACCCUAGAUCAGUGGUUCUCAAACCUCUCCUCUGGCACACCCAGCCAUUCUGUUUAUUUGAACUAUUCUAGAGCUAGCACACCUGAUUGAACUUGUCAACUAAUUAUCAAGCCCAUGUCUAGGUGACUCUGGUGAGCUAGUUCAGGGCUACGACAAAAUUGUGAAACCGAGGAGAGGUUUGAGAGCCACUGCCCUAGAAGUCCUGUAUCCACCUUCAGAUACAGCCCUCUAUGGCUGUGUUUACACAGGAAGCCCAAUAAUCAAUCAUUAUUUCCUACUAAUUGGUCAAAUUUAAGAGAAAAGUUGUUGACAUUCGAUGUUGCCUGAAGCUGUUGAUCAUCUUUGGGAAUAUUGGCUGCACACUCCAGUCCUUUCUGUUGUGGUGUUUCUAUGUUGUGGUCCAGGUAGCCUAGUGGUUAGAGCGUUGGGGCAGUAACCAAAAGGUUGCUAGUUCCAAUCCACGAGCUGACAAGGUGAAAAUAAAUCUGUUGCCGUGCCCUUGAGCAAGGCACUUAACCCUAAUUGCUCCAGGGUCGCCAUUGAUAAUGGCAGACCCUGGCCGUGAUGGUGUCUCGGGGGCAGUUGGGACACACAAAUCCCAUCCAAUUCACACAUGCAAAUGAUAACACACUUAUACAUGUGUGAAAUAGGACAAAUAUAAACACCCACCAACUUAUAAUAAAGGUCAGUGGCGCGAAGAAAUAGGCAUGUCUCUGCAGGGUGUACACUGAUUGUUCUUCUGAAGUUAGGGUCCACUGUACUGUAGUAAUAGGCUAAGGUUAGGUUGUCAAAUGGCCUCUAGCACUCAACUAAAAUAGCUCAACCCCCUGUUUUAUUUGUUUUAUUUUGACCUGAUGAUUAGUCGGUGUUCUCUAGAUAUGAGUGAUUUUACCCUAAUAAAAAAUCAAUCUGCGUAAUCCAUCACACAAUCCUCUUAUUUUUAACAAGCUAUGAGCCGCACCCUUUUUAUUGGUAGACUGCCAAAGGUGGUUGCUUUGGCUGCUUUCGGCAAUAUCUAGCUGCACCGUCGCCAUUUCACAACAUAUUCUUCACCAGAUCACAAUCAUAGAGACAAGCAGUACCAACACUUUACCACCUCUGUAAUACAGACCUAUCAACAUGUAGCCACAGUGCUCUAAUGCCAAUCUUUCCAUUGGUUGCAAUUACUUGCAUUGAUUUCUCCUCCCAUCUUCCUCCCACAGUUACAACAUGAGAAGGCUGAGUUGGAACAGCACUUGGAGCAGGAGCAGGAGUUCCAGGUCAACAAACUGAUGAAGAAGAUCAAGAAAAUGGAGAACGACACUAUAUCAAAGCAGCUCACCUUGGAGCAGGUACAGUGACAUUAUAAUGACACCACAGGCAGCUGGUGGCACCUUAAUUGGGGAGGACGAGCUCAUAGUUUUGUCUGGAAAUGAAUGAAUGGAAUGGUUUCAAAUGCAUCAAAACACAAUAGUUUCCAUGGGUUUGAUACCAUUCCAGUCACCCCAUUCCAGCCAUUUUUCUGAGCCGUCCUUCCCUGACCAGCCUCCUGUGAGUGACGCCAUGUGCAAUGACAUUGUCUUGGUGCAACUGAGUCUAUUCUAUGAGGACAUUAGGACAAACUUUAAACAUCGUGUCGGCACUGCCACUUAAGCGCAAAUGCCGUUACCAUGAUGGGAAUGUAUACGUUUGUGUGUGUGGGUGUGCAUUUCUUUGUGUAAGAUGUUCUCAAACUGAAUAUCUCUUUUCUGUGUUCCCUUUCUUUCCAGCUAAGGCGCGAGAAGAUUGACCUCGAAAACACAUUAGAGCAAGAACAAGAGGCUCUUGUCAAUAGACUGUGGAAGCGCAUGGACAAAUUGGAGGCAGAGAAAAGGUAGGAUUUUAUAAUUUAGUAACCAUAUAUUCUUUAGGUAGUCUGCACAUCUAGAGAAACCCAGGUGCUGGAUUCAGUGAAUGGUUGAAAGUAAACAAAAUGAACCUUCAUAUUACUGUUGUGCGCUCUUUAGUGAUGAUCUUUAUUAGGAAAGUAGUAAUAAUAUAUCGAAUGGUUCUCUCCAUCGUCCCUUAUUGGCGGAUCUGUUGACUUUACCCAGUGUUGAUUCAUUGGAUCUCACAUGUCUUUGACAGAAUCCUCCAGGAGAAGUUGGACCAGCCUGUGUCUGCUCCUCCCUCUCCCAGGGAUGUUUCCAUGGAGAUUGACUCUCCGGAGAACAUGAUGCGGCAUAUCCGCUUCCUGAAGAACGAGGUGGAGAGACUGAAGAAGAGCCUCCGUACCACCGAGCUGCAGCGUGAGUGUCAAAGGCCAAUGGGUACUCCUUGCCAGAAUUCGGAAAAGCUUUGGUGCUCAAGAAGAUUUACAGUCAGUUUUAUAUGCAGAACUUGUGCAUUUUGUUCACUGAUUGUUUCACGUGAUCUUAGAACACCAGUGGUAGUAGGUCACAGUAGAGUACUCAUCUUUUUACAGAUUUAUUUAUUUUAUUUAACCUUUAUUUAACUAGGCAAGUCAGUUAAGAACAAAUUCUUAUUUACAAUGGCGGUCUACACCGGCCAAACCCGGACGACGCUGGGCCAAUUGUGCGCCGCCCAAUGGGACUCCCAAUCACGGCCGGUUGUGAUACAGCCUGGAAUCGAUACAUGUGUAUCAUGUGUUUGAAAGGUCUAUACACUUUCAUUUAAUUCAAUUUGGGAAGAAUAGUUAUACUACCACUCAAACAGAUGUGGACACACUAGGGCUGACCCCAUUUAGUCGACUGGUCGAUUGUUUGGUCCACAGGCUGUUGGUUGAUCGAGAUAUCUUUAAUCGAGCAGUAGUAAUAAAAUAAAUAACACUUGUGUACAAGACACCUGUCUGAUUUGCGCCUGUCUGAGUGAACUGAUACAUUGUGGAGGCUGUGGGGAUGGCACAGUCCAUCAGUCUAAGAAAUGUGCUACUGAAAUUGUAUAUGGUGGAUAUAUUAUGUAAGCACAAUGGCGCAACACAAGUAAAAAAUAAUAUUAUUUUAUAACAAAUGCGCUUUCUCCCGCGUUAGAUAGUGGUCGCUGUCUGCGAUUCUGAAACACAUCAGUGAGCUGUUGAAUUGGCGCCUUUUCCUAGACCAUGUUGCUAUGUGCAUAAUAGCAGUUAACCAGCAUAUUGGUGUUGUGAAUAAUGCUGUAGCAGCAGAGUUAGGAGACUAGAAAAUAGCCCUUGCCUUAAUUGUCUAAGAAAAGUGAGGAGAGAGGAAACCCCAACUUGAUUAGGUCUAUAAUCAAUUGCCUAACUGUUAAAUGUGCCUGGAUUUAUAAAUCAUCCAUAUAUAGGCUAUCUACAGAAAUAAGACUGAGCCUGCUUCUGUUGCCUGAUUGAGUGUUUAAUAGCCUACUGAUUCCGUGAGCACCAAGCCUCACGCAACAAUUUCCCAAAUUCGUUAGACCAUGGUAUUAUUUAUAAUUUAUUUAGUGUUAACACUGUUCCAAAUUGUCAGAAAUUAUAUUAAUAUUAAUAAUAAUCCUCAUUUUUCUUUGAUCUCCUUAUUGUUAUUAUUAUUAUUAUGGUCAUCAUUAUAAUAAAAGGUAAUGUCAUUAUCAUUAGUAGGCUUGGUAUAGCAGCCUUGUGUAACCACCAUCGCGCUGUCUGUUUAGUCUUAAUACCGUAACUUACUUAGGCCUAUAUUUCAAUACUUUUAUAGGCUACUGUAUCAAUCAAGCAUUUAUUUGUUCUUGUCAUCACACAGAAUGCGAGUCAUUCAUGAUGUAAAAUGCAAUCAAGCAUUUUAGUUUUAAAAUAACAAAGCGACCAUUGAAUAAUUGGCGUUAACAAUAAAUAGGCCUAAACCGUUUCAUUUCGAAAGUUGCAUUCACGAAUGAAUGUGAAUGUUUUUAGUCUUUGCUGUAAUAAAGGCUUUACAAAAAAAAUAAAAAAUGUUACAACAGACUCUGGAACGCUUAUAAUUUGUGUUUAAAUUGUUGUUACAUAUUUUCCACAACUAGUCAAAUCCUCACAUCAGACUGCGCAACCAGUAAACAUUCCCCCGUUUCGAGUUUAUUUUUAAUGUACUCUGCAUCCAUUUUGUUGUCACGUGUUACGGUGUUCAGAGUUUGUUAUAACCACUUUAUUUAUGUGAUAAUGAUAAUAGGUCAGGCCCUAUUGGUCAGGUGCUUGCGAUGCAUACAUGUCAUGUAAAGAGAGCAAGGGUUGAGGGGAAAUAAAUUAGGGAUUUCUUUAACAUAACUUUUCAGUCAGAAAUGGCUGUAGCUUCAGCAACAUGGACAGCGCAAUACACACAGUUGAUGUUCUGUGGUGGUUGCUGCAGACACUAGAGGGAGCUGUCAGACCCAUCUUUUGUUUGGUCUAAAGCCCUCUUGGACCAGGGCUGUGGCAAAAAUAAUACUAAGAAGCUGAUGAAAUCAUGGACUUUUUUAGCUCAUAACCCUCUUUGUUAUUAGAGACCAGACGUGACCUAUUUCAACUAUGGAGCUAGUGUUACUUUGAAACAUGACAAACACAGUGUAUUUAGGUGAAUAGCUGCUGUACUAUAGCAAUAAAGAGCAUAUAAAAAAAACACCAAAGAAGGGCUAACUAAAACAACUAUUGAAGUGGUGCAUCAUAGACAACUACUUUUGGUAAACACAUUAAUUAUAAUAUUGUAUAAAUACUGUUGCGUCUUUGCUCUCUCAGAAAAAUACAUUGUUGUGAAAUGACUCAUUGCUGUGUAAUGAUGAUGCAUUUGUUUUUGAUUAAACUUUAUUUGUCCGUCCCCUCCCAGACACAGAGAAGCGGGCCCAGUACAUUGAGGAGGAACGGCACAUGCGUGAGGAGAACAUCCGUCUGCAGAGGAAGCUGCAGAGAGAGAUGGAGCGCCGCGAGGCCCUGUGUAGACAACUAUCUGAGAGCGAGUCCAGUCUGGAGAUGGACGACGAGAGGUAGACAUGAAACAGCAACCCAUUAAACACUCUGUUCCAACUUCACCAUCUCCAACCAAUGUUUAAUUUCUACUCUGUCAGCCAUUCAUAGCCAAACGUCAAAUAUGCAACCCCACACUCUCACUUCCUCAAUAUCACACCUGAUACUCCAAUGCUAGUACUUUCUAUUUCAGACAGCAAAUCAUUGCUCAAGGGAUUUGGCAGUGAUAUUUGGAGACAUAAGUUAAUUGUCUAAACUGUGGUCUUUUCCCCCGUCAGAUACUUCAAUGAGAUGUCAGCUCAAGGCUUGCGAGCACGGACGGUAUCCAGUCCCAUCCCAUACACUCCUUCCCCCAGCUCCAGCCGACCCAUAUCACCUGGUACGUACAGUACAGGAAGACAAUGGCCCACGUCCAACACCUCAUAAUUACACACUGUUUUACGAAUAUCUAUUAUGUCACUGGGUGAAGGAAGAGAGAGCGCCACGUCCAUAAAGAGCACCAUUGACUCUGACAGAGUUGUUGUAAAAUAUAGUGUCAUAUGAAUAGGUGUAUAGUCCCGUGUAGCUCAGUUGGCUUGCAACACCAGGGUUGUGAGUUCGAUUCCCACGGGGGGCCAGUAUGAAAAAAUGCAUGCACUCACUAACUGUAAGUCGCUCUGGAUAAGAGCGUCUGCUAAAUGACUAAAAUGUAAAAAAUGUACUAUUUUAUGUUAAGUUAAUCAUUAAGUCGUAUUUUAUCUAGCUGUGUAUCAGGAACUCUCUGUUCCAGUUUGAUAUAUCCUUACUGAUAAUUGGGUGAAUUUAAGGUCACCUUGGUACAAGUCCUGUCUCGGUUACAAGGUCGCUACUUGUUUUGAACGUUGGGUUAACAGGUUUAUCAAGAUAAUACAUCUAUUCAAUCCUAUUUAUAUCCCUAACACUAAUCCCUAACCACAUUGUUCGUUCUAAAAUUGUCAGACAUCUUGUAAAGUGAUUGACAGCUUCUAAAGUUAAUACCAAUUGAAGGAUACAUUAUUUUGUUUGGGUGACAUCCUUUGCCUGCUUCAAGUUCCUUUUGAGUGUUCCUCUUAGCACAUCCUGUUGAAAGAGAUCCUGCAACGCCCAGGUUCAGUAUACAAGGCACCUCCUAGCAACCAUGGUUCAUGUUAACAGAUCAGAUGGAGUUAAAGGAAAUCAGACGGGUAACAUUGGAUGAUUUUUUAGUCCGGGAAAUGUUUUCAGGUGUAUAAUUAAAGGUCCAAUGCAGCUGUUUUUAUGUCAAUAUCAAAUAAUGUAUGGGUAACAAUAAGUACCUUGUUGUGUUCAAUUAAAAUGGUCAAAAAGAAAAAAUAGUUUCUUAGCAGAGGGCUAUUUCUCAAAGAAGAAUUUUGCUAGCACUGUCUAGGAGUGGUCUGAGUGGGAGGGUAGAACUGAAAAUUAGGUUUGGAACUCUAUUAUUGUUCUAACUAAUUAACCGCCUGGUGAUGUCACCAUGGAAAGCCAAAACUCCACCCCACCAAAACAAGCUGAAAUUUCAGAUUAUGUUUUUGAACUUAAACUAAAAGGGCAUUAUUAUCAUUUUCACUAUUUCACAGUAUUAUUCCAACUUCAUAGUGUGGAACUAUAUGUAAAACACAGGAAAAUCACUUUUUUGACUGCACUGGGCCUUUAAGACUAUGGAGCUCAAGUUCCAGUGGGCUGCAAGGACUGUCGGUCUUCAAAACAUCUUAUUAGAGAAUAGAUGUUUUUUGCAGUAUUGACAUUGUGGUACUUCAUGAUAUAAACUGACUGAAAGGUUACAUUGAUCAUAAGCAAUAACUGCAGCCGCCCCUGAGGAUUAGUCUUUCACCUUUUAUCGCCCCAUUAGGCCGACGUUACAACACUCUUGAGACAAACCACUGCCAAUAUCCAGUUGUGUAUCUCCCAUUCCCCAAAGAGCAACAUUUUACAUUAAAGCUGCUCCAGAGAAGGAAGAGUAAGGAUGCUCCCUGGAAUGACCAAAAAUAGUGUAAUUGGGUUUGAAACAAGUCCAGCAUGGUCAUUUGUGUAUGUUUAUCUCUGACAGUCUGCAGUUCCAGACAACUAGAGACAUUAUGAGCGAGUGUUAGUGGGCUGAUAGCUCUGUUAGACAUGGCCCCAGAAACGCUAAGCAGGCCAGGUUACCAAGCUACACUGUGUUAGGCUUCUGACGCUAAUGACCCAAAGUAGCUGGCUGGGUGAUCGCUGUGGCGUGAACCCAAUUAGGAGUGUAAGUAUAGUGCCAGUUGUGGAAACCUGGUGAGUGCAGCAGCCCCAAAGCCUGUGUAAUGUAUUGAUUGAAAUGACCAUGCUGCAACAUGGUCAGCAUGUUUCAACCAGCCUUUAUGGUUUUUCCCAGUCACGUAGAGAUCCUCAACCUUACUUUACUCACAUUCAUACCAUUUGCAUAUUGGCCGCAAAUAUAUUCCCUAUUUCUUCUAAAAACAACAACUUUUGGUCUUGAGAUCUUAUUGGAUUUUCAACAUUGCAGAGCCAAUUUUAUCAUUUGUGAACUUAAUUUAGAAAAUAAAGACAUGCAUGGACAAAAUUAUUGGCACCCCGGAGUUAAUACUUGGUUACACAGCCGUUGGCCAAGAUAACUGUCAACAAAUGCUUCUUGGAGCUACCAAUGAGCUUGCUGCAAUUUUGCCCACUUUUCAGCAGCAAACUGCUCAAAUUCUUCCAUGUUUGAGGGGUGCCCUUCACCAUCUGCUGUUUUCAGAUCUCGCCAUAGGUUAUGUAUGUGAUUCAGAUCUGGACUCUUCGCUGGCCACUCCAGAACAGUCCAGUGUUUCUUCUUGAACCAUUCCAGGGUGCUUUCGAUGUGUGUUUGGGGUUGUUGUCCUGUUGGAAGACCCACAACCUUCAACAGACACAGUUUUCCGAUAGUGGGUUGAACAUUGCACUCGAAAACACCUUGAUAAUCUGCUGAUUUCAUGAUGUAUUACACACGUUCAAGCCCCCAGUACCAGAGGCAGCAAAUCAACUCAAGAGUAUUAUCGAACCUCCCCAUGUUUGAUUGUAGGGAGGGCAUUCUUUGAAUGCUUCAUUUGGUCAUUGGUAAACCUAGGAAGAACCCACUGCUGAAGGAGACACAAGAAAGCCUGAUUGAACUUUUCAAAAACCCACCUAAUCCUGGGGAAAAUGUUCUGUGGACCAAUGAAACCAAAUUAGAGCUCCUUGGCAAUACAGAUCAGCGCUGUGUUUACUGACAACCAAGUGAAGCAUUCAAUGAAAAGAACACCCUCCCUACAAUCAAACAUGGGGGAGGUUCGAUAUUGCUGUGGCCGUGAUUUGCUGCCUCUGGUACUGGGAGCCUUGAACGUGUGGAAGACAUUAAAUCAGCAGAUUAUCAAGGUGUUUUGGAGUGAAAUGUUGAGUCUGAUGUUAAACCUAGUGUCCAAAAACUGGGUCUCCAUUGAAGGUUGUCUGUCUUACAGCAAGACAACGACACCAAACACAUCAGAAAGAAUCCAGGAAUGUUUCAAUAAGAGAUGCUGAACUGUUCUGGAGUGGCCAGCGAAGAGUCCAGAUCUGAAUCACAUCCAAAACCUAUGGCGAUAGCUGAAAACAGCAGUUGGAGGGCAUUGAUGAGUUAUCUUGGCCAAAGGCUGUGCAACCAAGUAGAAGCUCCCGGGUGCCAAUAAUUUUGUCCAUGCCAUUUGUCUAAAUUAAAAUUGUAAACUUAAGUUUACAAAAAUAAAAUUGGUUCUGCAAUGUUGAAAAUCCAGUAACAAAAAAGUUGUUUUCAAUUUGAACUUAUUUUUUAAGAAAUAGGGAAUUAUUUAACAAAAGUGCAAGGGUGCCAAUAUAUUUGGCUGCAACUGAACAUGGAAUUCAGAGACCUAAAAUACAUUGCAAACUAAACAAUGGUUUUGUCUUCUUCCAGGUCUGUCAUACGGCAGUCACACAGUUGGGUUCACUCCCCCAGCCACUCUGUCCAGAGCUGCCAUCUCCCACUUCAACGCCCCAGCCCUGCACAUCCACGGAGGAUCCUCCCACGCCGUAGCGGUGAGUCUGCUUCACUCCUAUCAGAGCACCAAUGGGCAUCUGAACUAGUUUGGUUUAAUUUACAGUGCACGUAAUGAUGCUAAUUAAAUGUCAUAUGAGAUUUUAAAAUCAGUCCUAACAUAGGAGCUACAGUGCGACAUCGCAAAAGCAGUAGGUAUUUUACCUGCUGCACUGUAAGCGUAACUUUUGGGCAGCGCGAACAGAGCGUGAGCCACUUUAUCCUAUUGUUCUUGAGUGUGAGCUGCACAUUGAAAUAUUGAAAAUGGAACCGUAGUGUCAUUUUACACUGAGCAGUGCAAACGCUUACGCCCCUGUUUCAUUGAAGCAGGCCAGUGAAUAGGCCUAGUGUUUGGUUUGGGGCUUCGGAAUUAGCUUUGAGCCAUCAAUUGCACCUCCAGAAACUAUCAGGAAUGUGAUCAGUACUACUGGUUAUUUGGUGCCUUAGGAUGCAUUGAUCAUCUUCAGUAAUUGUUAUUUUUCAUGGAUCAACCUUGUGAAAAUUGCAAGCAAAACUAAGCUAUAUAAGCUGCAACAUGACAAGAAUGGGGUUGAUGUGUAGAUGGAUGAAUGCCAGCUAUUCUCUUAAAUGGCGCAGACAGUAUUAUCAGAUGGCACUAACCAAAAAUGUCCCGGCUCUAGAUAUCAUGGGAGUGUAGAAGUGUACAUUGAUCCUUGCUGAGAUGUAGCAAUAGUGAAGAAUGGAUCUCCUACCAAUACGAUGGAGGAGGGUUGGGUGUAAGUGGCCCAUUUAUCUUUAUGGUGUGUUCGUUAGUAUCUAGCCUAAACUGGGUCACAUUUUAAUUUGUUUGCUACGGUAUAAAGCUACUGUGUCCGUCAUCUUACAUAACUAGCCUCAACAAUCAAUUGUUGUUGGACAUAAGACUGUAAAAACUCCAGGAAAUCAGCUCCAAGUUAUUUUCAUUUUGGAAAUCUGUUCCCAAGUAUUCCCACGUGUUAUCAUAUAGCAAGGUUUGAAAUUAUUGUUUUAGUCAAAUAUUAUAUCUGUUUGGGAUUCUUGCAGUCAAUUUGCAAUCUACAUAUUAUUUAAAAUAAUGUUCUGGACCCCCGACCAUUCGCUCAAGAAAAGGUUGGCCCGCGGCUGAAUCUAGUUGAUGAUCCCUGGACUAUAUGAAUAGUCAAUCAAAUGAGGUCUUUUCGAUAAAUGGGCCAGGAGUCGGGCCGAGCCAGCUCCAGGUUCGAUCCCGGGCUGUGUCGCAGACGGCCGCGACCGGGAGACCCAUGAGGUGACGCACAAUUGGUCCAGCGUCGUCCAGGUUAGGGGAGGGUUUGGCAGGCUGGGAUUUCCUUGUCCCAUCACGCUCUAGCGACUCCUGUGAAGGGCCAGGCGCAUGCACGCUGACACGGUUGCCAGUUGUUCAGUGUUUUCUCUGACACAUUGGUGCGGCUGGCUUCCGGGUUAAGCGAGCAGUGUGUCAAGAAGCAGUGCGGCUUGGCAGGGACGUGUUUCGGAGGACGCAUGGCUCUCAACCUUAAUCUCUCCGAAGUCGGUACGGGAGUUGCGGCGAUGGGACAAUACUGUAACUACCAAUUUGGAUGUCACGAAAUUGGGGAGAAAAAGGGGUAAAUAAACAAGUAACAUAAAUAAAUAUAUAGGUCUAUCUUUCCUACAUACAUACAGUUGAAGUCGGAAGUUUAAAUGCUCCUUAGCCAAAUACAUUUAAACACAGUUUUUCACAAUUCCUGACAUUUAAUCCUAGUAAAAAUUCCCUGUCUUAGGUCAGUUAGGAUCACCACUUUUAUUUUAAGAAUGUGAAAUGUCAGAAUAAUAGUAGAGAAUUAUUUAUAUCAGCUUUUAUUUAUUUCAUCACAUUCCCAGUGGUUCAGAAGUUUACAUACACUCAAUUAGUAUUUGGUAGCAUUGCCUUUAAAUUGUUUAACUUGGGUCAAACGUUUCGGGUAGUCCUUCCACAAGCUUCCCACAAUAAGUUGGGUGAAUUUUGUCCCAUUCCUCCUGACAGAGCUGGUGUAACGGAGUCAGGUUUGUAGGCCUCCUUGCUCGGACACGCUUUUUCAGUUAUGCCAACACAUUUUCUAUAGGAUUGAUGUCAGGGCUUUGUGAUGGCCACUCCAAUGCCUUGACUUUGUUGUCCUUAAGCCAUUUUGCCACAACUUUGGAAGUACGCUUGGGGUCAUUGUCCAUUUGGAAGACCCAUUUGCGACCAAGCUUUAACUUCCUGACUGAUGUCUUGAGAUGUUGCUUCAUUAUACAGUGAGGAAAAAAAGUAUUUGAUCCCCUGCUGAUUUUGUACGUUUGCCCAAUGACAAAGACAUGAUCAGUCUAUAAUUUUAAUGGUAGGUUUAUUUGAACAGUGAGAGACAGAAUAACAACAAAAAAAUCCAGAAAAACGCAUGUCAAAAAUGUUAUAAAUUGAUUUGCAUUUUAAUGAGGGAAAUAAGUAUUUGACCCCUCUGCAAAACAUGACUCAGUACUUGGUGGCAAAACCCUUGUUGGCAAUCACAGAGGUCAGACGUUUCUUGUAGUUGGCCACCAGGUUUGCACACAUCUCAGGAGGGAUUCUGUCCCCCUCCUCUUUGCAGAUCUUCUCAAGUCAUUAAGGUUUCAAGGCUGAUGUUUGGCAACUCGAACCUUCAGCUCCCUCCACAGAUUUUCUAUGGGAUUAAGGUCUGGAGACUGGCUAGGCCACUCCAGGACCUUAAUGUGCUUAUUCUUGAGCCACUCCUUUGUUGCCUUGGCCGUGUGUUUUGGGUCAUUGUCAUGCUGGAAUACCCAUCCACGACCCAUUUUCAAUGCCCUGGCUAAGGGAAGGAGGUUCUCACCCAAGAUUUGACGGUACAUGGCCCCGUCCAUCGUCCCUUUGAUGCGGUGAAGUUGUCCUGUCCCCUUAGCAGAAAAAAACCCCCCAAAGAAUAAUGUUUCCACCUCCAUGUUUGACAUGGGGAUGGUGUUCUUGGGGUCAUAGGCAGCAUUCCUCCUCCUCCAAACAUGGCGAGUUGAGUUGAUGCCAAAUACCUCGAUUUUGGUCUCAUCUGACCACAACACUUUCACCCAUUUCUCCUCUGAAUCAUUCAGAUGUUCAUUGGCAAACUUCAGACGGGCCUGUAUACAGUGGAGAAAAAAAGUAUUUAGUCAGCCACCAAUUGUGCAAGUUCUCCCACUUAAAAAGAUGAGAGGCCUGUAAUUUUCAUCAUACGUACACGUAAACUAUGACAGACAAAUUGAGAGAAAAGAAAUCCAGAAAAUCACAUUGUAGGAUUUUUUAAUGAAUUUAUUUGCAAAUUAUGGUGGAAAAUAAGUAUUUGGUCACCUACAAACAAGCAAGAUUUCUGGCUCUCACAGACCUGUAACUUCUUCUUUAAGAGGCUCCUCUGUCCUCCACUCGUUACCUGUAUUAAUGGCACCUGUUUGAACUUGUUAUCAGUAUAAAAGACAUCUGUCCACAACCUCACAGUCACACUCCAAACUCCACUAUGGCCAAGACCAAAGAGCUGUCAAAGGACACCAGAAACAAAAUUGUAGACCUGCACCAGGCUGGGAAGACUGAAUCUGCAAUAGGUAAGCAGCUUGGUUUGAAGAAAUCAACUGUGGGAGCAAUUAUUAGGAAAUGGAAGAGGUACAAGACCACUGAUAAUCUCCCUCGAUCUGGGGCUCCACGCAAGAUCUCACCCCGUGGGGUCAAAAUGAUCACAAGAACGGUGAGCAAAAUUCAUAGAACCACACCUAGUGAAUGACCUGCAGAGAGCUGGGACCAAAGUAACAAAGCCUACCAUCAGUAACACACUACGCCGCCAGGGACUCAAAUCCUGCAGUGCCAGACGUGUCCCCCUGCUUAAGCCAGUACAUGUCCAGGCCCGUCUGAAGUUUGCUAGAGUGCAUUUGGAUGAUCCAGAAGAGGAUUGGGAGAAUGUCAUAUGGUCAGAUGAAACCAAAAUAGAACUUUUUGGUAAAAACUCAACUCGUCGUGUUUGGAGGACAAAGAAUGCUGAGUUGCAUCCAAAGAACACCAUAACUACUGUGAAGCAUGGGGGUGGAAACAUCAUGCUUUGGGGCUGUUUUUCUGCAAAGGGACCAGGACGACUGAUCCGUGUAAAGGAAAGAAUGAAUGUGGCCAUGUAUCGUGAGAUUUUGAGUGAAAACCUCCUUCCAUCAGCAAGGGCAUUGAAGAUGAAACGUGGCUGGGUCUUUCAGCAUGACAAUGAUCCCAAACACACCGCCCGGGCCUAGCCAGUCUCCAGAUCUCAACCCCAUAGAAAAUCUUUGGAGGGAGUUGAAAGUCUGUGUUGCCCAGCGACAGCCCCAAAACGUCACUGCUCUAGAGGAGACCUGCAUGGAGGAAUGGGCCAAAAUACCAGCAACAGUGUGUGAAGACUUACAGAAAACGUUUGACCUGUGUCAUUGCCAACAAAGGGUAUAUAACAAAGUAUUGAGAAACUUUUGUUAUUGACCAAAUACUUACUUUCCACCAUAAUUUGCAAAUAAAUUCAAAAAAAUCAUACAAUGUGAUUUUCUGGAUAAAUAAAAUUACAGGCCUCUCAUCUUUUUAAGUGGGAGAACUUGCACAAUUGGUGGCUGACUAAAUACUUUUUUUUCCCACUAUGUGCUUUCUUGAGCAGGGGGACCUUGUGGGCGCUGCAGGAUUUCAGUCCUUCAUGGCGUAGUGUUACCAAUUGUUUUCUUGGUGACUAUGGUCCCAGCUGCCUUGAGAUCAUUGACAAGAUCCUCCCGUGUAGUUCUGGGUUGAUUCCUCACCGUUCUCAUGAUCAUUGCAACUCCACAAGGUGAGAUCUUGCAUGGAGCCCCAGGCCGAGGGAGAUGGACAGGUCUUUUGUGUUUCUUCCAUUUGCGAAUAAUCGCACCAACUGUUGUCACCUUCUCACCAAGCUGCUUGGCGAUGGUCUUGUAGCCCAUUCCAGUCUUGUGUAGGUCUACAAUCUUGUCCCUGACAUCCUUUGGAGAGCUCUUUGGUCUUGGCCAUGGUGGCGAGUUUGGAAUCUGAUUGAUUGAUUGCUUCUGUGGACAGGUGUCUUUUAUACAGGUAUCAAAAUGAGAUUAGGAGCACUCCCUUUUAAGAGUGUGCUCCUAAUCUCAGCUCGUUACCUGCAUAAAAGACACCUGGGAGCCAGAAAUCUUUCUGAUUGAGAGGGGGUCAAAUACUUAUUUCCCUCAUUAAAAUGCAAAUCAAUUUAUAACAUUUGACAUGCGUUUUUCUGGAUUUUUUGUUGUUAUUCUGUCUCUCACUGUUCAAAUAAACCUACCAUUAAAAUUAGACUGAUCAUUUCAUUGUCAGUGGGCAAACUUACAAAAUCAGCAGGGGAUAAAAUACUUUUUUCCCCUCAAUGUAUCCACAUAAUUUUCCUUCCUCAUGAUGCCAUCUAUUUUGUGAAGUGCACCAGUCCCUCCUGCAGCAAAGCACCCCCACAGCAUGAUGCUGCCACCCCUGUUCUUCACAGUUGGGAUGGUGUUCUUUGGCUUGCAAGCCGCCCCAUUUUUCCUCCAAACAUAACGAUGGUCAUUAUGGCCAAACAGUUCUAUUUUUGUUUCAUCAGACCAGAAGACAUUUCUCCAAAAAGUAAGAUCUUUGUUCCCAUAUGCAGUUGCAAACCGUAGUCUGGCUUUUUUAUGGCGGUUUUGGAGCAGUGGCUUCUUCCUUGCUGAGCGGCCUUUCAGGUUAUGUCAAUAUAGGACUUGUUUUACUGUGGAUAUAGAUACUUUUGUACCUAUUUCCUCCAGCAUAUUCACAAGGUCCUUUGCUGUUGUUCUGGGAUUGAUUUGUCUCUAGGAGACAGAACGUGUCUCCUUCCUGAGUGGUAUGACGGCUGCGUGGUCCCAUGGUGUUUAUACUUGCAUACUAUUGUUUGUACAGAUGAACGUGGUACCUUCAGGUGUUUUGUAAAUUGCUCCCAAGGAUGAACCAGACUUGUGUAGGUAUACAAUUCUUUUUCUGAGGUCUUGGUUGAUUUCUUUAGAUUUUCCAAUGAUGUCAAGCAAAGAGGCACUGAGUUUGAAGGUAGGCCUUGAAAUACAUCCACAGGUACACCUCCAAUUGACUCAAAUUAUGUCAAUUAGCCUAUCAGAAGCUUCUAAAGCCAUGACAUUUUUUUCUGGAAUUUUCCAAGCACAGUCAGCUUAGUGUAUGUGAACUUCUGACCCACUGGAAUUGUGAAACAGUGAAUUAUAAGUGAAAUCGGUCUGUAAACAAUUGUUGGAGAAAUUACUUGUGUCAUGCACAAAGUAGAUGUCGUAACCGACUUGCCAAAAAUAUAGUUUGUUAACAAGACAUUUGUGGAGUGGUUGAAAAACUAGUUUUAAUGACUCCAACCUAAGUGUAUGUAAACUUCCGACUUUAUCUGUACUUUGUAUCUCUGGUUUUAGUUGUUUAACUUUACACUGAAAGUGUUUUUCCAUCCCAAGGAUUACAAUAGCAGAAGAAUCCCUUGUGUGUUACCAUAAACUCCAGGGAGAGGGUAUAUUUAAUUUUGCCCGACUAGCAUCCUUGUGCUUGUAUUGAUAAACUUAUUCAAUACUCCCAUGACGAACAAUGUAGACGCUCUCAUGUCCAUUUAUGCUGUAGAAUGCUCUUGAUUUAGAAGCUUGUAUUUCAGUUCUCACACCAUUCGGCACAAUCUUGUGGGACCUCCCUGCCUAUGUUUAAGUGACCUCCCAGUGCCUGUUAUCUACUCAGGAGGUCCUCUCCCAGUGCCAGCAGGGUGGUAAUGACUGUGGUGGCGGCAGGGAUCAGCCCAAUCUGACACAGAUCCCUGUAACCUUUGUCUCCCGUUCAACCACUCAUUACCACAGGCUUUAGGAAAUUCCAUUCCCUCACUUUUCUGUUACUGCUGUUCAGGUCACUCUGUCCCAUCAUUCGUUCCAUUGCUGCACAAACGGACCUGGGAGCAGCCUGGGGCAAUAUGGAUUAGCCUAUUAAUUGCAAAUGGAUACUAAAAUAUACCAAAGUUCUGUGUAGGAGUCUGAGUACUGAGUAGAACAUUUUACAUCAGUGACUGUCUUCUGCAGACGCCUCCGGCUCAAUGUCAACAUCGGCUAGGUUUCCAUCCAAUUGGUGACAGAUUUUAAUGUAAAUAUUCCAGAAUCUGCAUAAAGAAAAUAUGCAAAUUUUCCCACCAGUGGUGUUUCCACCAAAUUGAUUUGUUGCGGAUAAGAAUCAGUGCGUGAUGACGUAGUGCACAUACAAUUUACUUUUUUGCUUAUGUUUUCAUGUACAGAAUAAAAAUCUAUAUGUUCAAUAUGUUUCCAUCGCAUUUUCAACUCUACCAAUAGUUUUGUCAAAAAACUAUUGCGUUAAAUAUCAAAUGUGCCUAGUCUGGUCUUGGCAUGUGUACUCUAGCCAACAGCUCGCAGAUAGUGCGGGUAGACUAGUCUACAUGAUGAGAUUAUUAUGGUAAGAGCGAGAAUAUUUUUAUUUGUCAAACGACAGUCAAGCAUCGAUCAUCAUGUCACCAGAAUAAGACACUCUAUGUAUUGGAAAGGAGCAUCAAGAUCACUGUGCACUUUCACCACCCUGCGAAGCUCCAUUGUCAGCAUAUAGGGAAGCCCCAAUGCCCCUACCCACAUUCGUAAACACAUCAUUAAUCAUAAUAUUGAACAGAAAACAACUGAUAGCACUGCCUUGAGGAAUACCAUUGUCAACUCCAUAGGCAUCAGACAAAAUGAAUCCUAUCAUUUAUUUAAUCUGUAGCCUAAUAAACUGCAUGGUUUUCCGAGUCGUAGUGGGAGGACCACACAACAUGUCAUCGUGUGACUCCAAGUUUAUUUUGAUAUGAUCGUUGUUAUAUCAAUAUCUGCACAUAAAGGCAUUUCUACACCGUUUCUCGCAUAAUUAAUUUUACAGACACAAAAAGAUCACACCAUGUCGAACGAACAAAUGAUCUGUCGGCAUUUAUAAAAUUGUACCGAAACUUCCUGUUUCCAUCACAGCUGCCGUGAAUUUUUUUUGAAUAUACGUUAUGACUUUACUUGCAUAAAAACUGUGGAUGGAAACAUGGUUAGUGUCUCUGUAGAGUGAAGCCAUUCCCUGUGGUUAUGGAGACUGGUUAAGUAACAUUGAUUUCCCGUGUCUGACUGGCUGCUGGGAGAAGUCACAGAAGUUCACCCUCCUCUCAUCAGGUACCAGGUCCUCUCAUCAGGUACCAGGACCACCCUGGUGUUUAAACAGGUUUCAGCUCAGAUGGGUCAGGAGCUCAGAGUUUACUGUGUGAACUGAACACUCUGCUUCUGUUCGGUGACUUGCGAUUUCCCAUUGGAAAAAGUGACACUGUAUGCCUCUAAAGUGUGUUGGUUUCUGGGUGGCAGCCGUCAUUAGAGAUCCUAGAGCUCAUCAGCAGUAAGUGGUGGUGACAGGGAGCUCCAGGCCAGCCACCCAGACACUCGUCAAAGCCAGGGUGUAUUCACCAGCUAUUCGCCAGCGCUUUGGCACCAGCAGUAUUUGUUUAUGACUCGCCAAUGCAAGAGGGGCACUGUUUCCAGAAAGAUAUUUGAAGGUGUUCGAUUUCAAAUACAAGCUUUUUGUGAAAGGGUAAUUUUUUAAAAUGAGAAUUGACAUGACAGAGAGUGUUUCUCGUCUUUGCUCUUUUCUUUGAAACAGAGGCCCUCCCCGAGAAGAAGCAUCAGCCCAGACAAAUUCAAACGUCCGACACCGCCACCCUCUCCCAACACGCACUCAGAGGCGCAGCCUCUGCACCCGCUCCCCCCGCCAGCGCAGCCGAUGGUCCAGUCCAUGUCCUCUCCUGCAGCCAUGUCGCAGCAUGCAGCACAUCCCCCCUCCCAGCCUUAACAUGUGUGCCAUGCCAUGCGACACUACUUCGACAACCAGGGAGUUGAAACCCUACAGAGCAAGUUUCUAUGAGCCGGCAGAAGACCUGAAGCAACACGGGGCGUUCUAAGGAAUUGACUGACUUUAACUGCGCUUCUGGGAUUUGUAGGCUGAUAUCUGUUCACCUUGUCUUGUACAUGUUUGUUUUUUGUUUGGAACUGUCGACGAUUGGAAUUGUUAUUGUGGCGCUGACAACCAACACGUAUGGUAACAACGUCUUGUAGUGGUGUUUGUGAGCUGGAUGUGUUGGAUCCCUUCCAUGUCUACAAUACCACAUUCCAACUGCAGUAAUGUGCACCCUCUUGUUCAAAAGCAACUUAAGCAAUUGCAUCCCAGUAAGAAUCGCUUAAGUCGGUAAAAUGUAUUGUAAAAGAAAGCUCAACUUUAGGAGUAACCCAGACAUAGGGCAUUGAUAAUGGGAGGGAGCUAGCACAAAUGUAUGUUGACGUUUUGUUUCUGAAAGACACUGCUCGUAAAAAUAAAAAUAAAAAUAAUAAAAAGGAUGGACAAUGGUACAUAAACCACAGAUAAAUUUUGGCUUUUGAGGUAUUCAAAUGUAGUCUGAGGUGUUACAAUAUAUGUAGUCAUGUACUCUUGCGUCUUUCUCUCUUUCACACCUCUAUCUCUUGUGUAGUUUAUAAAAGCUUCUGUCAUCCCUAUGGAUAUUCCUCAUCAGA